AUGUUAAAAACGUUAAACACAGAUGGUCUGCAUGCCCUGUCACAAAAUCCUAAAUCCGGUAGCGAAUAUAGACAUGAAGCGGAUACAAAUUAUGCACAAUGGGAACCCCAAGUAAUGCAUAGUACGUUUCUAAGUGAAAGGGCGUGUGAGCAAGCUAUACGCACGACUGAGGAAGACAUGAAUAUGGACGAGUCUUUUUACGAUGCAGACGAUGACGACAAUGAAUCUCAAGGUUUUGGUGGUCUAUAUGACUGGGACUUGUUCUUAGAACCACUGGAGCAGGUCGAUCAUCAAUUAAGCAUCAAGAAGCGCAACGUACCCUCUGUCGACCUUGUUCCAAAUUGGACUGGUGAAAGUCAAGAAAACGAGUUGUUGUGCAACUUAAUAUCUACAGAGUUGAGCACGGGCAAUGCAAAUGCAAGAACUGCGGACAAAAUGAAACAUAACCUUCCCACAGCGGUACCACGUAGAAAUAAGUUGUCUCGCUCGCAGCGGAAUGCGAUGCAAAGGAGCGAAUGGGACUCCAGUCCGAUUGGAAGCUUGGGGUCUGGCAAACGAUUAGCAAAUGUUGGUUCUGCUGUGUCUCUACCGAAACCACAAACUUCCUUCAACCCCGGGGAAUGUAUAUCGAAUACUGCAAAAGUCGAAGCCACGCGUAAAAGCAUGACACACAUGGACGAUUCGUACAGUCCUGUCAAUAAAACCAUGAAUUUGGAUUUUGAACAAAAUCAUUUCAACUCUCGCAUACAGUCUACGAGGCAAACAUCCCAGACAUCAAACCAAACCGGUUCAGCAAACAAUACAGAAGAUUUCAAGAACGCCGACAAAGGUUUGCCUUCGAAUCAAGGUGGUUCACAAACCCCAUCCCAAUAUCGCUCUGGGCGGACAGCGUACAUGCCUAGCAAGACUAGACGGAGUAUCAGUACUGCUGAUGAGCAAGAAACCGAUGAUUGGAUAAGACAAUCCUUAGGUCCACUUGCUGCUCUGCGCGCAUCGUCUGCAUCACCACGCUCAUCACCUUAUCCUCAGGCGCAUACUAUCAAACAACAACAAGUGCCAAAGAACAACUUACAUUUACAGCAAAUGUACAACAUCAAUAGCACCACGUCUCGUGCAGUCAAUACACACCGCUCAAAAAUGUCUCAAAGCCAGCAGCAACAGAAAGCACAAAUCGUGUCACCAAGCAGCUACACUCCUCAUCUCGCAGCGGCCCCGUCACCCUCCUCGUCGGUCUCUGCGCAAAUCGUUCAACCCGGUCAAAAGAUAGACCGUAAGAUGCGCAUGUUUAUCGACAACAUGCUUUCAACGGCACAUCCUCAAUCGGAAGCCCUGCCGCCGCCACCUAGGAAACCUUCGCCGAUGAAAAAGGUACAGCCCAACGUAUCUGAUAGUAAAAUGCAAAACCAAAGCUCACGUGAAGGUCGAAGCCUUAGCAUCACUGAUGCAAAAUCCGCGAUAACCAAUCUAACUACUCGCAGCCAACACAAUGCCAGCAAGUGGACAAUUGAAACGUUGAAGCACUUCUUCUGCCGUGACUUUGUGGAGGUCAGUAGUUCACUUACAACACCGGUCUUCACCCGUCAACUAGAAACUCGUGAGAAGGAGCUUUUGAGAUUUAUGACUGAGAUGUCCGUAAACUCGGUUGUUGGAAAUUCGUCUACCGUGAGUAGACCAGCCGACCCGGAUGCAGCUGACGGUACGGACAGUGCCGAAAAUGGAUUAACAAGAUUGACAGAAGUGGGACCAGUUCGAGAACCAGAGGUCACCUACGUUAUCAACACUCUACUGACAUUUGUCGCUUCAAGAGCUGGUGUGCAGGUCAUACCAGAGAGGAAAUUCGAACGAAGAUCGGCUCGUGAUGCAAAGAAUCUACCAGGUUGCAUUAUUGACUACGCAAUAACAAAAAAUGGUGUCGUUCUCGGACUGGUGGAAUGUAAAAGUAAACGAGAGUUCAGAAAAGACGCUUUUGGACAUAUGGUAGCUGAGCUAUUGGUGUUGCAGGAUCGCGCGGGCACACCUGAUGUCCCUAUUUUUGGUAUACUCACAGAUGGGUUCCGGUGGGUAUUUGCGGUCGUGAAAGGCACAGAGUUGCAUUUGGAGCACGAGUACAACAAUGGUUCCGUGAUUAAAGUCAGAAGAGCUUUGCGCUGGAAAGAUCUGAAUCAAAUCACUGAGGAUAUGACAGCACUGAUAGGGGAAAGUACUCGCGUCUUUGAUGAAAUCGUCAGACUUGGAGCGCAUAAAUAGGUAUUAGAAUUCGAGAUCAGCACCUCUCAAUGUACGAAUAUGGUCGCAACCUAGUGCUUGCGACUCUGUGAGCCAGCAAGAAAAAUGAUACAAAGGCACUAUAGAUAUGCCACACAGUAAAAUUGAACUACACAAUGCGAAC